UUCGCCCAAACUUCAUCGUCUUCUUCAGGUUCUCAAGAUUCGUUCAAGCUUCAGGACUCCAUGGUAUGGGUGGAAGCUUUGUUACCAUUCGAAAAUGGGGACCUUCUCAGCACCAUUCACCAGGUUGGAAUGGUUGAGAAAGCUAAUUAUUCAAGAAGUGGUGGUGUUCAUGAUUUUACUAUGGCUUCAAGAAAAGCUGAAGAAACAAGUUGAUGACACCCUCGACUUAUUCAACGAACUUCAGUUGCAACAUCAGGUGGUAGCUACAAAGACUAAGACGCUUCAUGAUGCAUGUGAUAGACUGAUAGUUGUUUUAGCACCCUUGACAAGAAAUAGAUCCUACGGCAAAGUUCCUCAAUCUCAUGCUAUCCUCUAUUACUCUCAGAGAGCAGCUUGUUCUAAUGGCGGUCUUCUCAUAACUGAAGCUACCGGUGUCUCUGAUACUGCAAGGAUCUUGAAGGCAUGUUAAAUAUGAAGAUUCAAGAUUUGGAGAUCGUAGAGGAACGUAGAAUCAAAAGAGCGGACAAACAUGGAAUUGUUAAAUAUGAAGAUUUGAAGAUUGUUAUUUCAUCCGAAACGUUGUUGUUCAAGUCACUUGAUAAUUAUGCAGGUUGCAUGCUGCCAAUUGUGCGGGCGCGCCACACCCUUCGUGGGGCGCUCGAGGCAGCAGCCUUUAGCUCACUUUGUGUUGCAUUUUGUUCGAUUUUAGAUUAUGUGGUAUGAUACUACCUGAAUGUAUGUUAAUUUAUAUAUACGAAUUAGUUGAUCAUGUAUACGUAAUGAAUUUUAGUCAUG